GCUAAUCUCCAUUGUAGGAUCACUUUUGUCUCCAUCUUGAGACUCAGCUCUAUCGGAGAUUUCAUGAAGACUUCGAAUCCGACAUGGGACAUUGUGCCAAUCUCUAACUGGUCAUUCGUCGAAUUAAACGGCUUCAUCUUCUGUUCUUGCAUGCCUGCCUUCAGAGACUAUUUCCGGCGUCUAUUCUUACGACGGAGACGAACAGUUCAAGGUGUCAACUCCAUAUUUGGUGCUAGGCCGAGAAUGAGGACUAUUGGGAACAGUGUCUUGCGACCGAGCGAUCGGUUGCACGAACUAAUUUCCGUUGACAACGAUAACGAUGAGCCUGGUCAUUCUCUUCGGGAUAUUAGCCAUGUGGAUCUGGGAAUCGGACACCUAUCGACCGGUGUGUUGGCCGCUGUAAAGGAUGAAAGCGAACCCAAAGCAUUAGCUGCAAAUCACCGAAGUCGGGAUGGUGAUAAUAGCCAACCGGACGAGCAGCCCGAAGAACUGGAUCUUGGUGACUUAAAACAUUUAGCACCUUGGGUCUCGAAAGGUACAUAUAAACAGAAUGGCGAAUGCUCAGAUGCUCGACUCCCGAGGAGUAGUGAGAGUCCUCAAUGAAAUCCUCACGACCUUCAAGCUGGGAUAAGUGUAGAAAGAGAAAACCAAAGUCAGGUCAGUGUCGUGGAGGAGUUGCAGUUGUCUUGAUUUGCAGAUUUCGUAGAACUCCCGGGUAAAAAUGUUUCGGGGAUUGGCAAUAACUAAAAUAAUUACCUAUAAUAAU